GUGGGGAAAGAGAUCUCACCAUCGAGAGCCGACAAACUAUGGAGCGAUCAUCAACAGGAGACAAGACGAGAAGAAGCUCGACUUUACCGCAUGGAUUUGAAUGUUUACAUGCGAACUAAAUAUAGCCUGUAAAAAAUUGUUGUAGCUGUUACAGUCGACCUGCCUAAUCWGAGGACCAGAAUCGAAAGCAAUGUUUUUGAGAUCGAGAGAGUGGAUUAUGUUACAUGCUGAUUUGGAUAACGCUCGCGCUGCUACUGCAAGAUCUUUCCGACACUUGUUGAAAUGACAUUUCGAAAUCUUCUCCACAAGGGAAGUAUUCGCUAAUGAAAACAUUGCUAACAACUAUAUUUGGGCGUAAUUCAAACUAACUGCCGAGGGCAACGUUAGCAAAUAUUGUUUUAGAUAGUUUACAAAUCUUUAGCUAACGUAAGUUGCGCUUCUUUUCUGCUGUUCGUGUCGCAUUACGCGGUAGCUACUGUACGAGCUAGCUGCGUAGCUGUAAUUUCUAUCGAUGAACAUUUUUAUACACUGCAUAAAAUGACAGUUUUGAUAGCUUUGAAGAGGUUGAAGUACUUAUUAGUUAUUUAGCUACGCGUGUUGCCUCAAUUGACAAUGCAUGGUUGGCUACGUCAUCAAAACGUUACUAUUUUAAGCUAAAUUGUCAAUGAAGAAAAUGGAAGUGACAGGUAGCUAGCUAGCACUGGCACUCUCUCACGCUAGCUAGUUAGCAUAACUAGCUACUGAUUGAGUUUCCAACAAGUUGUUGGCUUGUUAUUAGUUUAGUUAAUUAUUUACAAAUGUAAAUAUUUUCACAUGCAUUGACAAUACGUUGGGAUGUAUAAAACUCAAUAACUUCGGUAAGCGUUACCUGCUGGCACCGUAAACACAUUUUGGAAUUUGAUUGUUUACAAACACUUGUCAGCUGAACUGUUCACUAUUGUUAACCUAUGUGGCUAACGUUAGCUAGCACCGAAGAUUUGUCAACGCGACGAUUUGAAGCAGCACUGAUGGAUUYGCUAAAAGUGGACUGACAAUCAAAACCACACUAUCUAUAUUUGUGCCCCAAGCACUCGCUUUACAUUUUUUAAGUAAAGUUUUGAAACUGUGCGGCCCACACCAUGUCCGGAUCCCCGGGCUCGGGUGGCUCAAACCCCAGGAAGUUCAGCGAAAAGAUAGCGCUGCACAACCAGAAACAAGCAGAGGAGACGCGGGCCUUCGAUCAGCUKAUGACAGAUCUCACUGUCUCAAGGGUGCAGUUCCAGAAGAUCCAACAGCUACGUCAGACCCAGACCAGGGCCCAGUACUAUGGAGGCUCCCUGCC